CCAAUCUCCUGAGGGUGUCCCCAUUGCCAUUCUGCCAGUGACCCCAUGGCUGAUGGUGGAUAUGGAAGAAGGGGGUGGGUCUUAGUACAUCACCUGAGUUGUGGGGUAAAUGUAGAGAGUGUCAAUCACAGGCAGAGCUCAUAGCUGGGAAGGAAGCUACAGAUGGCGGCUGUGCAUUAGAGAGCGCACUCGGCUCUCCGCAUUCCCUUCUCCACUCAACUUUGCUGAACUUUGGGCCCCUCCCGGGACCCCCCUGUGGCCCCUAGCACCCCACCUGUGCUCCUCGGGGAGCUCCGCACCCCCUGAAAUCCGCGUAUUUUGGAGCUUUUUUCUCCCCCGAUCCGGAGAGGAGGAGAGGCGAGGAGUGUGCUUCGUUGUUUUCCCAGCUUCAUGGCGUACCUCCAUAUUUGUCUGCUCUGAGCGCAGCCCGGAUCUUCUUCCCCAUCCCCUGCACCCCUCUUCUACCUCCCCUGCACCCCACUCGUCGCCAUCGCACCCCAUUUUUACCCUUUUUUCCGGAUUUUUAUCGUUUUUUCGGACAUUUACCGCGAACAGGAUUUACAAUGCUUCCGCCUCUGGAUUGAACAGCAAAUACCUGGACCCCCCCAUCCCACCUGAUCUAUAAACUGAUCCAAGAUGAGCAGCAAUAAAGAGAAAUCCGGAGAGGAGGAGGAAGGGUCGGCUCACAGCAAUGUAUCCAGUCAUUCAGCCUCAGAAGAGUCCAAUCACUCCGCCUCGGAGUCAGGCAGCCAUUCAGAAAGCGAACAAGCAAGUGAGCAGGCAAGUGGGCAGGCCAGUGAAUCCAAUAGCAGCUCUGAGUCUUCAGAGAGUCAUUCUGAAUCAGAAUGCGAAUCAGCAGGCUCCAAAACCCAGGAAGCAGCAGCCGACUCAGAGAAGAAGAAUCUUCCCAAAAAGGAGAGACUGGCGGAUGUAAAAAAGAUGUGGGAGGAAUACCCCGAUGUAUAUGGAGUCAGGAGGUCCAACCGGAGUAGACAAGAACCUUCAAGGUUUAAUAUUAAAGCCGAGGGCACAGAUUCUGAAAGUGAAAGCCCAAAGCGGAGAAGUCUCAGAUCCUCCAGCAAGAAAGAGACAAAAAAAGAUUCUGAGGAUGAUGAUGACGACGAUGAGGAAGAAAAUAGCAGUGAAGAUGAUAUAAUAGAAAGACGUUCAACUCGACCUCGGAGGGCUGCGGCAAAAAGAGAGGCAAUAUUCGAUUCUGAUUCUGAUGAUGAUGAUGAUGAGGAGGAAGAUGAAGAAAAUAGCAGUGAAGACGAUGAAACAGAGAGACCUAAGCUUAGACCACGGAGGGCUGCAGCAAGAAGAGUUGUGUCCAGGGCUGGUGGGAGGAGCCAGAAAAAGCCACAGCGCGGUAAGAGGAGGACAACCGAAUCGUCAGAUGACGAUGAUGACGACGACGAUGACGAUACGCCUAAAAGGCAGACAAAACGCAGAGCAGCCAAAACCGUUAGCUACAAAGAGGACGAUGAUUUUGAAACGGAUUCUGAUGAUCUGAUAGAAAUGGUGGGAGAAGAGGUAGAAGAACCAGAAGAUAACAGUGAAACAAUAGAGAAAGUAUUGGAGUCCAGAAUUGGAAAGAAAGGAGCAACUGGCGCCUCAACAACUGUAUAUGCCACGGAAGCCAAUGGAGAUCCAUGUGCCGACUUUAACGCAGAAACAGAUGAAGGAGAGCAACAGUAUCUUAUCAAAUGGAAAGGCUGGUCUUACAUCCACAGCACUUGGGAGAGUGAAGAGUCCCUCCAGCAGCAGAAGGUGAAAGGCCUAAAGAAGCUGGAGAACUUUAAGAAGAAGGAUGAUGAAAUCAAGCAAUGGCUAUCAAAAGUCACCCCUGAAGAUGUCGAGUAUUAUAACUGCCAGCAGGAACUAGCAGGAGAACUGAAUAAGCAGUAUCAGAUUGUUGAGAGGAUCAUAGCCGUGAGGACUGGUAAAUCCGCCGCUGUAAAUCCUGACGUUCCAGUCCUCAGCCGGAGAAGCUCCACCUCCAAUGAACCAGAGUACCUGUGCAAGUGGAUGGGUCUCCCCUAUGCCGAUUCCAGCUGGGAAGAUGAAUCGCUCGUUGCAAAGAAAUUCCAGCACUGCAUUGACAGCUUCCACAGCCGUAACAACUCCAAAAACACUCCAGUGAAAGACUGCAAGGUCCUGAGACAAAGACCCCGGUUUGUGACAUUGAAAAAACAGCCUUCUUAUAUUGGAGGUGAAGCGCUCGAGCUCCGGGACUAUCAGCUAGAGGGUGUAAACUGGCUGGCUCACUCGUGGUGCAAGAACAACAGUGUUAUCCUUGCUGAUGAGAUGGGCUUAGGAAAGACUAUUCAGACCAUUUCCUUCCUCUCGUACCUCUUUCACCAGCAUUUUCUUUAUGGCCCAUUUCUGUUGGUGGUGCCAUUAUCUACAUUGACUUCGUGGCAACGAGAAUUUGAAAUAUGGGCUCCUGACAUUAAUGUGGUUGUUUAUAUAGGAGAUCUUGGGAGCAGAAACACGAUCCGAGAGUAUGAAUGGGUUCAUCAGCAGAGCAAGAAAAUGAAAUUUAAUGCAGUACUGACAACCUAUGAAAUUUUACUGAAGGACAAGGCUGUGUUGAGCAGUAUUAAUUGGGCUUUUAUCGGCGUCGACGAAGCUCAUCGGUUGAAGAAUGACGAUUCUUUGCUGUAUAAAACCCUUAUAGACUUCAAAUCCAACAACCGACUGCUGAUCACUGGGACACCGCUCCAGAAUUCACUGAAGGAACUAUGGUCACUGCUGCACUUCAUUAUGCCAGAAAAGUUUGAGUAUUGGGAGGACUUUGAGGACGACCAUGGCAAAGCGACAGAUAAUGGUUACCACAGCCUUCACAAGGUCCUUGAACCGUUUCUACUGCGCAGAGUCAAGAAGGAUGUCGAGAAAUCUCUUCCAGCUAAAGUGGAGCAAAUCCUGCGGGUGGAGAUGUGUGCUCAACAGAAACAGUAUUACAAGUGGAUUUUAACCAGAAACUUCAAGGCGCUGACGAAAGGCCCAAGGGGCAGCACAUCUGGUUUCCUUAACAUUGUAAUGGAACUGAAGAAGUGCUGCAAUCACUGCUUCCUCAUUAAGGCCGAUGAUUCAGAAAGAGAAAGCAGACAAGAUUUACUGCAGUCUCUGAUCAGAAGCAGUGGAAAGCUUGUUCUGCUGGACAAACUGUUGACACGACUGCGUGAGAGAGGAAACCGCGUGCUCAUCUUUUCUCAGAUGGUGCGCAUGUUGGACAUCUUGGCAGAGUACCUCACCAUUAGGCACUACCCGUUUCAGAGACUUGAUGGUUCAAUCAAGGGAGAGAUUCGUAAGCAAGCGCUGGAUCACUUUAAUGCUGAAGGCUCGGAGGAUUUUUGUUUCUUGCUCUCUACACGUGCCGGUGGGCUUGGGAUAAACUUGGCGUCUGCUGACACCGUAGUCAUCUUCGAUUCGGACUGGAACCCCCAGAAUGACUUGCAAGCCCAGGCUAGAGCUCACAGGAUUGGCCAAAAGAAACAGGUAAACAUUUAUCGCCUGGUCACCAAGAACACUGUAGAGGAAGAGAUCAUAGAACGGGCAAAGAAAAAGAUGGUUCUUGACCAUCUCGUGAUCCAGCGCAUGGACACCACUGGGCGCACGGUGCUGGAGAACAACUCUGGAAGUUCAAAUUCCAAUCCAUUUAACAAAGAGGAGUUGGCGGCGAUUUUAAAGUUUGGAGCAGCGGAUCUCUUUAAGGAACCAGAAGGAGAGGAAUCAGAACCCCAGGAAAUGGACAUUGAUGAGAUUUUACGACUGGCAGAAACUAGAGAGAAUGAGCCAAGCUCCAGUGCCACCGAUGAGUUGCUGUCUCAGUUUAAGGUGGCAAAUUUUUCAACUAUGGAAGAUGAGCCUCCACUGGAGAACCAAGGCCAGAUAGAUUGGGACAAUAUUAUUCCUGAGGACCAAAGGAAGAAGAUAGAGGAAGAGGAGCGUCAGAAAGAACUUGAAGAGAUCUACAUGCUUCCCAGGAUUCGAAGCUUGAACAAAAAGGCACAAGCAAAUGACAGCGAGUCUGACCUGGAAUCAAAGCAGAAGGCUCAGAGGUCCUCUGGGUCGGACAGUGAAACCGAUGACUCCGACGAUGAUAGAAAACCCAAGCGCAGAGGACGUCCUCGUAGUGUUCGGAAAGACACAGUGGAGGGAUUCACAGAUGCAGAGAUACGAAGGUUUAUCAAAGCCUACAAGAAGUUUCCGACUCCACUUGAAAGGUUGGAAUGCAUUGCACAUGAUGCAGAGCUCGUGGAAAAGUCGUUGGCAGAUCUGAAGAGACUGGGAGAUUUAUUGCACUCUAGCUGCACAUCAGCAAUGCAAGAGUUUGAGGAGCAGCUGAAAGAGAAUCCCACCGAUGGGAAAGGUCCGGGCAAAAGAAGAGGUCCAACUAUAAAAAUUUCCGGUGUCCAAGUAAACGUGAAAGCAAUUAUUCAGCAUGAAGAAGACUUUGACAUUCUCAGCAAAGCCAUUCCCAAAGAUGCAGAGGAAAAGAAAAAGUUCAGAUUGUCCAGUCGGGUCAAAGCUGCUCAUUUUGAUGUGGAUUGGACUGUAGAAGAAGAUUCUCGAUUGCUCCUGGGAAUUGUCGAACACGGUUAUGGAAACUGGGAGCUCAUCAAAAGCGACCCAGAGUUACAGUUGGCUGAUAAGAUCUUGCCAGUUGAAACGGAGAAGAAGCCACAAGGGAAACACUUGCAGACCAGAUCAGACUAUCUGCUAAAACUGCUGAAAAAAGAAGUGGAGAAAAAGGAGAGUGGCCAGGGUGAUGAGGUCAAGGUAAAGAAAAGACGGCCACGUGCCAAGAAAGAGGGGGCUGUAAAAGCGAAGGAUGAGCACGGCAAUGAAAUCACUUCCCCCAAAAAUUCCGACAACCAUUCAGAAGAUGGAGACACAAAGGAGGAUGGCUCGCUGAAGAGUCCAAGCAAGAAAAAGCAAAAGAAAAAAGAUAACAAAGAAAAUAAAGAUAAACAGAACCAAAAAAAGGAAGGAGCCAAAGAAAAGAAGAAAGCAAAAGAAAAGCCAAAGAAAGGUGAAGGCAAGUCUGGUACCCGGAGCAAAAAGAACCAGGGACCGGUCCAUAUUACAGCAGGAAAUGACCCAGUUCCUAUUGGAGAGGAAGAGGACGAUGACCUGGACCAGGAAACCUUCAGCGUGUGCAAGGAGAGGAUGAGGCCGGUGAAAAAAGCUCUGAAGCAGCUGGAUAAACCUGACAAAGGUCUGGCCGUCCAGGAGCAGCUGGAGCACACUCGGACCUGCUUGCUAAAAAUCGGAGACCGCAUAUCUGAGUGCCUUAAAACUUACAAUGACCAGGAACAAACCAAGUUGUGGAGAAGAAACCUCUGGAUAUUUGUCUCAAAAUUCACCGAGUUUGAUGCCAGGAAGUUGCACAAGUUGUACAAAAUGGCCGAUAAAAAGAGAUCCCAGGAAGAAGAUGUAAAGGAGCAUAAGAAGAAGGAUGGGCCUCCUGGCAAGAAGUUUUUUCGACCAGAUCCAUCUGGGCCCAGCCGUGACUCUCUCCCUUCACAGCAACACACCCCAGAGAAGUCUCAUAAUAUGCCACCACAUCCACCACAAAUGCAUGGGCACCAAAGAGACGACUUUGUCAGCCCUAAUAAAAGACCAUUUAAUAAUGCAGAUCGUGUUGAAUGGAGAGAUCGAAAAUUUAACUACGGAGGCAAUAGUAAUAAUAACCAGCCGUGGGCAGGAGACCGCCACCAUCAACAAUAUGAGCAACCCCGGUAUAAAGAUCACCAUUAUUCUGAUCGACGUCCUCAUGGUGACCCUCGGAGGAAUUCUGGAAACUACAGGCCGAACCCCGGACCCCGCAAGAGGCCUUAUGAUCAGUAUAACAAUGACCGAGACCAUCGUGGUCACAGGGAAUAUUAUGACAGUAGACAUCAUCAUGACAACAAGAGGAGAAGAUCAGAUGAAUUUCGUCCUCAAGGUUACCAUCAGCAGGAUUUCAGAAGAAUGGGAUCUGAUCACCGCCCACCAAUGGGAUAUCAUGGACAAGGACCUUCAGAUCAUUACCGUCCAUUCCAUCCAGAAAAACCUGCGGAAUAUAAAAGUACUUCCCAGCAGUCCACUACUCUCUCAGAUCCUCGUUCUCCGCCAACUCAAAAGCCCCCUCACGAUUCCAAACCCCCCAUGGACAGAUCAUUAGAACAGAGAAGUACGGACUACAAUUGGAACAGUCGAAAAACAUAGGACACGCGACCUCCGAUUUCUAACGAAAGCCCACAAUGGCCACUGGCUUAAAGUGGUCCUUGCUGCUAUAGACUAAGCUCAUUUUGAGAAUUAUGGGUUCUGGAUAACCCACCAUAUAAAAUGGCUCAUUUUUCUAGCACCCGUGCCAUGUGUGUGUGAAUCCAUCAGCUGUUUCUAUCUAACAUACACUUGUUGUUGAAAUUUUUUUUAAUUUUUUUUUUAAACAUUUCAAGUAUUUACACCUUCUAAUAUGUUGGCAGGAACUGGGUGAUCUAUGAAUUCUUUCUGGAAGAAUGGGCACUGUGAGCAUGGUCACUUUGUAAUUUCAAGGCCUCGAAGAUGAUGGAAUCUUGUGCAGUCGAUGUGGCUCAGACGCUGAGGCGUUUGCUCGGCGUUGCUGGCACACAUUGGACUUUCAAUGUUGUAUUUUGUCAUUAAUAGAUCUUACUGUUAUGAAGACAGAGGGUCGCUUUGGCUGCAGCUUGAAGAGGUUUACAAAGAGAAUUAUUGGCUGGGGCCAAUCGGGAAUAUAUUGUGUGAUCUGGACCUAGAUUUGAGAAUUUUACAAUGUCGAGCCAGAAUUUCCAGCUGUCCUAAACCCUCUGGUUAGGUCACACUUCCUAAAAUUUGGAGAUGUCGAUCAUUUAACUGAAUUCUUUUGCACAAAAUGUGGCCACAGUGAAAAGCUAAGAAGGCUUGAAAGUGCAAUCAAUAUGUAAUGCCUUUCUAUCUAUACCAGUACGGUGGGAAACCAGGUACACAAUGAUAGAGACCUCCCCAUCUUGUAUUUUUGUACAUAACAUUUGGAACAAUUGUAGAUUAUGCAAGACAUCUUUAAGAUCACUUGCUUUAUACCACCUCAGUGUUCUUUAAAUACCAAAAAAAUCCCAAUCAGGGGGUGCAAGAUUUCAGUAUCGGCUGUUUUAUGUACACGUUGGACAGAUUUACUGUGCAAGUAUCAGCUUUCAUUUAACAGUUCUUUAUGACACUCAACAGUUACUAAAUGAAAUAUGCAUAAUAAAUUUAAUAUUUAAAUUUUCUAGGAAUUGCCAGAACGGUUAUUUUUUUUUCGAUGGUCGUUUCUAGAAAAAAUGUACUUGAAAGCCUACGUUUCUCUUGUUGGAGACUUGUUUGCUGGAUGUCACUUUCUUACAUGCUUCAGAAUGAAGCCAAAUUAUAUGUAACCAAAAUGUGUGUACUGAAAUAACGCUGCAUAUGAAAUUCUCUCUGUAGCUCAUGACAUGCCCAUGCAUUAAUGAUGGUGUUUAGUUGGUAAAAUUCUUUAGCAGAGA